CUGCUGCGCGUAAUUCAGUCACGCAGGACGAGGAAGAGGCGGAGGCAGGAAGCAGCGUGGGCCGCCUCCUCUGCCGUGUGUCACGGCCUGCGUCACAGCCACACGCCGGGAGGGAGUUUUCCACUGACGAGAGAGAGAGAGAGAGAGAGAGAGAGAGAGAGAGAGAGAGAGAGCGAGGCGGAAAAAAAAAAAAAAGCCACCGCUCGUCGCCACUGUGCACCAGACAAGGGGACGCGCUCGAGCCGGACGGAGGCAGACAAAAGCCCGGGGACUCGCUCGAGAGAUUCGUGCCCGCGGUGGUGUCGAAGGGUCCAAGCAGGUUGCGCUUUAUGGUUUCGCACCAUCCACCCCCCCCCCUCUCUCCCCCCACGGAUUAAUCCCAUGAUUUGCCACUCAUGCUGAUCGGACAGUCGCACACUUGCUGAUACGCCACGCUCGCCGCCAUGAGCGGUCUUCUCAAGAGGAAGUUCGAGGAGGUGGGCGAGGACCCGUGCUACUCGUCGCCCUCGCCCUCCUCGCUCUCGUCGGCUUGCUCCACCUGGGACUCCGAGGGCGAGAGCUGCUACUCGGACACCCUGGAUUCCGCCCCCAGCGGGCCCGGCUCUCCGGCGACGCAUUUCAACACGACGUCCAUCCUCAAGAAAUCUAAGCGGGCGCGCCAGAGCAACGUGACCUUCGACCAGGUGACGGUCUUCUUCUUCCCGAGGUGCCAGGGCUUCACCAGCGUGCCCAGCCGCGGCGGCUGCACCCUGGGCAUGACGCCGCGGCACAGCGCGCGCCGCACGUACACGCUGGCCGAGUUCGCCGCCGAGCAGCGGCUCCUGCGCCGGGAGAAGCUGCUCAACCGGCGGCGGGAAGAGAAGCUGGAGGCGCUUAAAUUGAAACUGACCAAAAACGGAACCCAAGACAGCGAAGAGGCCGAGCGGCUGACCGUGGACGACAUCCCCGAGCGGGACGUGGACGGCGGCGGCGCCGACCUGGAGGAGGGCUCCUUCCUCCAGCCGUACCCGUCCAAGCGGCGCUAUGCUCUGCUCAAGGCCGCCGGCGUCAAGAAAGUGGACAAGGAGGAGAAGAGGCAGCUGCACGAGCUGCGGAUCUCCAGGGAGCGCUGCGGAUGCGACUGCCGGGGGUUCUGCGAGCCCGAAACCUGCGGCUGCAGCCUGGCCGGCAUCAAGUGUCAGAUGGACCACUCGUCGUUCCCGUGCGGCUGCACGAAAGACGGCUGCGGCAACACGGAAGGCCGCAUCGAGUUCAACUCCACCCGGGUGCAGACGCACUACAUCCACACCAUCAUGAAGCUGGAGCUGGAGAAGCGGCUGGAGGAGCAGUCGAGCACCGAGGAGGAGGCGGCGACGGCGCCGGCGGAGGCCAAGGCGACAACCCCCCCCGCGCACUCCUUCCCCUUCAGCUCCGAGCUGGCGUCGGCCGGCGACAACAGCUGCAGCAGCGACAUGACGGACUUGUCGGACUCGUCGGCCCAGAGCGACGACUCCGAGGGCGGCGGGAGUCCGUGCGGCCGGCGGACCCCGCUGGACGUGGACGAGAGAGGCCUGAGCCGCAUCCUCAGCUUCAACGACGCGGAGAACGGGGACGCCGCGGAUCAAGAUGCUCGCUCCCGGCAGGCGGCGGCGGCGAUGGAGACGUUCAGCAGCUUCAGCAUGGCGGACUUUGCGGACGAGAAUGACAACAUCGACGCGGCGCUGCUGGACAAUCGGUCCGUCUCCGAACUUUUGGACGAGAACGCCAACCAGGGCAACGGACUUUUCCACAGCGGCAGCGUCCCGCACACGCCCUCGCCCACCGUGGACCGCUCGGCCAGCUACAACAUGGACCUGAGCCUGUCCUCGGAGUCGGACCUGGAGUUCUUCGACGGCUUCCCCUGCCUGGGGCCCAGCUCGCUCUACAACUCGCUCAAGGAGUACGAGCACAUGGACAACUUUUUCCACUUCCAGCUGCCGAACUACCCGAGCCUGCCGGCGUCCGGCGACCCGGGCACCUGCCUGCUGGAGUCCCUCAUCGGGCUCUCCGAGUCCGUCCCGGAACCGCCCGCCGCCUUUACGGACAAUCAGAUGUUGGAAGAAGCCAUGAAGCUGUCCGUCAUGGAGUCUGUGAAAGUUUGACUGUCGAUGGACGCCACUCACAAAAAGUCGGGGGUCUCGAGCCUUUGGGUCAAGGAUUUUGUCAUUCAGUUCCUUCUUAUUUGCAUCCUGAAACUGCAGCCCAAAGUCCAAAAUCCCAAACUUUUAGUGAGUCGUGUGAAAACUGCGGCAAGAGGUACUUGUCGGAAUUUUGGAGUUAGCUGUGAUCUUGUUCUAAUUCAUCUUCUUUGCCUGAAGUCCAAACUUGCCUUCAAUGAGUUUGGGAACUAACGCGAAGGACCCGCGGACACCAAAACAACGCCAAGAGAACUCUGAACCAAACCCAAGAACGGGAACAGGAACGAGCCGUAACAACGCAGCUGAAUGUGCACCUCAGGGAAUAAUUUUUUUUUCGUUUUUUUUUUUUUUCGAGGUUUUCGGACCCUUCCACCUUUCCUCGAGAAGGUGGGGGGUCCCAUUCUUCUUCUGUGGAAUCCUCAAGCUAAGUGGACUCCCGAGAGGCUCGCAUGGUACAAAAAAAAAAAAAGGAAAUAAAUCGCGCUCGAUCAGCACUUUAUCUGUACUCAAAGGCAUCGUUUUGGUCGCGUGGGGUAAAUUAUAAACGUUCUCGGCUCAAUUAUUACCAAGCUGUACUUUUUUUUUUUUUUUUUUUCUCCGUCACAUAACUUAUUUCCUGCAAGAAUUUUUUUAAUUUAUUUUACAUUCGAGAAGCACUGUGCUUUCAUUUCUUUCGCAACCGUCAAGUGCAAUCGUCCUCAUGAGUUUUUUUUUUCCAUUAUUUUAAUAUCUAUUUGCUGACUAACUUAUCUCACAAGUUAUUUUAUUAUUUUGGCAAUUUAAAAAAAAAAUGGAGCCGUAGAAGCAGAGCGAGUAAACUGUGGAAAUCUCCCUUUAAGGAUCGCUAAAUUAUGCGAUUUAUUGUAUUGUAACCAGAAAGAAGGGCGGGAAAAAAUUACUAAUAUUUUGUAACUAAUUUAAUUAAGUAGGAUGACAGCAAAAAAAAAGAGAAUUCUAAUGAAAUCACAGACAAAUUGAAUAUUUUAUUAAGCGGAAACAUUUUCAAUCAGAGGACAAACUUUACGAGAUAUGAACUAUUAUCACAUUUACGGGCUAAAGUAUUUUUCAUGGGCAGUUUUGAACAUGGCGCCGCCCCGAAAAAGAUCAAUUUGAUUGUAUUCUGAAUUAUCCUUGGAAGUCUGUGACUCGUGUUGGUUACAGCAUUUUUUUAAAUCUUUUUUUUGGGGGGGGGAGAAUGGGGGAGUUUGCUGGAUAAAAAUUGCAUAUAUUAUACAAUUUUUAUCACACUGCAGAAUUCCCCCCACCCCCCAAUGCGGAGAAGUUGCCUCAUUUUAAAGGGGACAUAUUAUGUAGAUUUGCUUUUCCACAAUUUAAAACACUUUUUGUGUGUCUUUGAGGGGGAAAAAAAGUGAAUAUUUGGGGGUGAAUAUUUCCAUACUAUGUUCCCUUUUAAAAUAGUUUCUGAACAGCCGGCGAGGGAGGAUUCAUGCGACAGGGGGCGCCAGAGAGUCACUGUACAUAUCACACCCAUGUUCUGCAACUUGUUUUCAGCAGCCUUUCGGGGCAGGGGGAGGGAACACGCGGCAAGCAGGCUGCAGGAGAGGAUAUUUUGGCGCGGCCCGGCCCGCCACGCGGUUCUACAAUAUGUGCAUUAUAUUUUUCCAUAAAUGUCCUUCAAUCCACGCUCCCCCACCGCUGCGUCCCAGUUUAAUGCAUGCAGGUCCCUACUUGCUGAAUUAACUGUAUACUUUUGAAAAGUGCAACAAAUGGGAAUUUUUUUUUUUUUAGGGGGGGGGUCUUUUUUGUUUGUUUUUGUAUUAAUUUGAAAAUCCAUCCGAUGAUGCCAAUGCUGAGUUCUCCUGUACAAAGAAACAUUCUGAAACAUGGCAGCAGUGAGUGUUUUGUCAAUGUCAUGAAUUAAUGGGACUGCUUUUACCCCACCCCCCCUCGCCCCUUCUCAAUUUCAAAGAACGUGUCUUACAUUAUUUUGAAGAAAAAAAAAUUCAGGCCUUUGUUGCGUAGUAUGUACAUAUUUCCGCUUCGGCGCUCCCCGCAGAGCCCACGAAAGCUGCUUUCUUUUCUACGUACUCACACUUUAACCUGCUGUUUGACAGUCUUUUCAUGCAAGCCAUUUUGACAGCCUGUCCCCUCGAUAUAAUAAAACAUUUUCUAUAUGCUCGA